AUAAGUAAGCGCAGUGAUCAAGCAGUCAUCGAUCGAAUGUCGUCCAAGAAGAAGAAAGACUCGAAGAAGGGAGCGGGCGGCGGGGGAACCGGGGCCAACUGGCCGUCGCCAGGCUCCGGAUCCGGAGUGGCAGCUGGAUCCCUGCCGGAGCCCGCCAAGUCGCGGCUGUGGGAACUGUUCGGCGCCAUCGAGCGAGAGUUCGAGCAGCUUCAUGCGGACAACGGCGCACUUAGAGAAAGAUUAGACAAGCUCGAGCUGCUAACAGAGAGAGAUCGCGGAUCUGCCGACAACACUGCCGACUCGACAAACACCUCCUAUGUGGUCGCCACGGAGACGCCCCUAGACGACGCUCCCUCAGAAGAUAAUGAAGAUAAAAAACAACACAAGAGGCCAGACAAUAACACAGAGGUUAAAGACGUAUACGCCAUCAAAAAAGAGUCGAUCGACUCUGUCAGUUGAGAUGACGCAGGUGUGCGUGUUUCAGGGUCACAGGGACGGAAUCUGGGACGUGGCACACACUCGCAGUGGACCGGCCCUCGUGGGAGCUGCCUCAGCUGAUGGUGUGGCACUCAUGUGGGACGUUGAAUCGGGGCACGCUAUCUUGAAAUACAUCGGACACACCGGCUCCGUGAACGGACUCUCGUUUCACCCCAGAGACACCCUCUGCUGUUCGGUCGCCGGGGAUUCCAGUGCCCAUAUUUGGAAGUAUUCCUCGGGGACGCACGCACGGCAGAGAAGCAGUAGUGGAAACCCAAUGGACAGAUCGACAACGAAGCACGACUCGUCUGGUGAAGAGAGGAAUCUGUCGGAUGAGGACCCGACGGUCGACACGCCUCCCGUUGCCACGGUGAAGCAGCCGGUGCGAGUGCUGACUGAGCACAGAGCUCCGGUGAUGGCAUGCGACUGGUUGGCUGACGGGCACCAGCUGGUCACCGCGUCCUGGGAUCACACAGCCAAACUGUGGGACAUAGAAUCGGGACAGAUCAUCCACUCUCUUGAAGGACAUGACCAGGAGCUGACGCAUGUCUCCGCCCACCCCACCCAGCAGCUGCUCGUCACUUCCUCCGUGGAUACGACCUUUAGACUCUGCGACUUCAGGGCCCCACCCAUUCACUCGGUGAACGUUUUCCAGGGUCACUCGAAGGCGGUCAACUCGUGUGCAUUCAGUCUCCGUGACAACAUUGUCAGCGCAUCCGAUGACCACUCAUUAAAGAUCUGGGAUUUGAGGAACAUGAGGUCGCCACUCGACUCUGUUCGUCUCGACUGCGGUAUCAACAGGAUCUCCGUCUCCCACGGCAACCGUCCGAUCCUGGCCGUUCCCCUAGACAACCGACACCUGAAGCUCUACGACCUCAGUGGCUCCAGACUGGCACAACUCCCUCGCCGACAGAGACAGGCUCACCGGCGCAUGGUAUGCAGUGUGACAUGGUCACAUGACAGUCAUGUGAGCACUGAGCGAUGUAAUCUCUUUUCGGCCGGUUUCGACAACAAAGUCGUCGGAUGGAAGGUCAAGUUUGAACAGCAAUAAUUAUUAACUUGUGCACCACACCUACUUUCACUUUCAAACCUCGUCACAAUUGUUGCUUUGUAAAAAUCAUCAUGGUUGAUCUUUUUACACAUUCAUUUUCAGAGAACACACAUAAUUGAGAAACAUUGAAAUCGAUCGGUACAUAUAAUUAUAAGUUGACUAAAUAAUCACACUUGAACAAAACUAGAGUGGAUUUUGGGUUAAAAAUAUAAUAUUAGUGAUAAACGUGAAAUUGACGCCGGGACUUUUGGAGGGCUUGUAAACACAACGAAUUAGUAACGGUUAAAGAAAUUCUCGAUUUAGUUCGCUUGUGAGUUUAGAAACGUGUCGAAGUAUUGAGGAUCGUUUUGGAGGGCGUUUGCAAACGGGGUGCCCAUGUCCCCGAACACUGCGGUAGGUAUGUUGCCACCUUCGUUGUAGCUCAUCUGGAAAUCGAAAGCAUCUGUCGCACACUGCGAAUGUGAGUAGUAGGGGAGGUGGGCAUCAUUUGCAGCGAAGAGAGCUGCCGAUUCGGGCGGGAGGUGAUAGAGCCGCAUCGUUUUGUCGCCGUGGAAAUCCAGCUGCAUGGAGACGGGGCUCUGCGGGUGUGGGAAGGUGUCCCCCAAUAGGACUCCAGUCCCGUUCCCGUGCGGCGGACUGCAUUCCAUUCCAGUCAUUCCCGGAAUCGCCCUGUUCAUCUUUGGGUCGAACUGCUCCUGCAUCGACUCGGGGAGCGGAAGGGGAGGGCCUUUGGUGAAGCUGUGUCGACGGAGACGAUCGGUGGGUAGACGCUCCAAGGCUUCGUCGCUAAGUUCGCUGCCGGUGGAGAAGGCAGAGUAGCGGGAACUCUGCGAGGAGUAGACCCACGAGCGUCCUGAUGUCUCUGACAAGGCGUCGUCUGUGGAAGCAGCACGUCCCGGCAUGCGGAAGGAUUGUUGGAGAGGGUAAGUUUUCCCCAUGUCCCCUCCCCCUGCCCCCCCACCCCGGGGGUUCGCUUUGGCAGCUAGGAACUGGGGGUUCCCGUUACUGGGGGUCGAUACUCGACUGCUGUU